UGUCAGAAGAGUCACGUGAUAAAGAUGGUCUUUAAAUGAAGGUACUGGUAACACGGCAGUGCCUACAUUUCUUUGCCUUUCACUUCUGAGUGCAUCUUCUCAGCAAGAUUUCCAUGAUGGUUGAGCCCUUCUUGGGAACCUGGAAGCUGGUCUCCAGUGAGAACUUUGAGGAUUACAUGAAAGAACUGGGAGUGAGAUUUGCAGCCCGGAACAUGGCCAGGUCAGUGAAGCCCACUGUGAGUAUCAGUGUCAAUGGGGACGUGGUGAGCAUCAGAAUGGAAAAUUCUUUCAAGAACACUGCUAUCUCCUUCAAGCUGGGGGAAGAGUUUGAGGAGACCACAGCAGACAACCGUCAAGUGAAGAGCAUCAUAACAUUAGACAGUGGCUCAAUGAUUCAGGUUCAAAAGUGGCUCGGCAAAGAGACAACAAUCAAAAGACAGAUUGUCCAUGGGAAAAUGGUGGUGGAAUGUACCAUGAAUAAUAUUGUCAGCACUAGAGUCUACCAAAAAGUGUGA